AUGUCCACCUCACUGGCAAUUGGCUUUGCACUUCUUGUUUUAAAUACUCUCGUUGGAAUGAUGGCCAAUGGAUUUAUUGUCCUCUUCAUUUGUAUCGACUGGUUCAGAAGCAGGAAAUCAUCUCCAACUGACUUGAUCUUGGGCUGUAUUGGGCUGUCGAGAUUUUUAUGGCACAUGAUAGCGAUCAUGACUUCAAUCAUGGCGUUUUUUUUCAAGCAUACUAAUAUACAGAAUUUCCCUUCGAUCAUGAUUUCUGCAACGUGGUUCUUUGUGAACAGCGUGAACCUUUGGUUUGCUGCCUUGCUCAGUGUUUUGUAUUUUGUAAAGGUCGCCAUCUUCUCCCACCCUCUUUUCCUCCAAAUGAAGCAAAGAUACUCUGGGCUGGUCCCAUGGCUGCUUCUUGCCUCAGUGGUCUUCUCUGCUGCUUUGACUAUUAUUAUUAUCACAACUGGGACCAAUGCCUUCUCCACCUGUCAUUCUUACCAAUCACUUUCAAGCAACAGGAGCAGUUCAGAAAUUCAAACCCUUAACUUUUGCAAGAACUUUGUUAUUCUAUACUAUGCCCCCAAUAUCAUUCCUUCGAUGUUGUUUUUGUCAUCAUCCAUCUUACUAAUAAGCUCUCUUGGGAAGCACAUAAGACAUUUGCAAAACAGUGGAUCAGGCAUCAAGGAUCUCAACAUGCAAAUUCAUUUGACAGCUAUCAAAGUUCUGGUGUCCUUCACUGUUUUGUACCUGUCCAGUUUCAUAGCAGUCAUUUUACUAUCUGUAGAGUCCUUGAACUCUGAGGUCCUUUGGACAGCCGCUAUUUUUGCAAACGUGAGUGCUAUGUAUCCUUCUGCACAUGCCCUUAUCUUAAUAUUAGUGAAUCCCAAACUGAAAGAGGGGUGUGUCAGGAUGCUACAUCAUUUCAAAUGUCACUUGAGUGAAGCAUCAUCUUAA